AUGAUGCUGGCGAUUUUCAAGAUAGUCGAGAAACAAGGUUUUAGUGACAAUUGGAAUCAGAAUCAUCAUAAAAGCUGGAAUCAACUUAUAAUAACACAACCCACCUUUUCCCGUGAUAGUGAUGGGGUGCUCGUCCGACAACCGCCAGGUACGAUCAGCGAUCGUGGCGCCCGAUUUACGGUCGGGACUAGGGAGACAGCAAGGACGUCACCCUUUGAUAUUAUUUUGACGACUCGAGGGUUUUUGGUUCGUGAGCGAAGAGUAGCUGCCGCUGGUCGUUGGCGAAAAUCACGCAUUAGAAGGACUAAUUAG